AAUACAUGUUAUCGUUAUAUAAAGUAAUUGAAUAUAUUUAAAUAUUAAACAAUCUGAGUAAUAUAUUUCAAGUUUUACAUCGUUAUUUAUUACAGACGCUUUACGAUUAAUGAUUAAAAUAUAUGUCCAUUGCAAUGGUCAAAGGAACAGAAAGGGUUAAAUCAUGAUCCGUCCCUAGGUGCAUAAAGACUUUGGAUAUAGUGUUCUGUGGAAAAAGUAACCGCCUUCAUCCAGUCCGAGUGGUGUUAAAAAACGGUUAUCAUGAAUGUCAGUUUGUAUCCAUGCUGCUGUCUAAUAAUUGAUUUCGUUCGCAUUGCCCUGAGCUGUAGUUAAAUUGGAACACAUAUGUGCCUGAUCAAUUGCCAUCCCUUGAUGUCAUGUGUGACUGAUGUCUCUAACUUGGCGUGCCAGUCGUCUAGUAAACAUAACUGUGUUGUUAAAUCUCCAUAUUUCACUAAAGUAAAAUUUCAAAAUGGAACUAUUCGAAAUGAUCACCUUAAACCAUGGAAAAAGAAUCUUUAUUCCAAUGAAGGUUAUCCUGACAACUAUACUGAUAAAUCGUUCUUGGAAGAACUAAGGAAAAACCUUCAUGUACGGAAAUUCACCCUUUUAGAAGCAAUCCUUGGAGCUGGUUUGGUUACUCAAAGAUUAUGUAUUGUGGUAAUAUUUGCUUUAUCAUUUUAUGCUCUGAAUUGCAAUCAAAUUUCUCCACUAAUAUUGCUAAUUUCUUCUACAAGCUUUAGUUUUGUAAUUUAUCUAUUACUCUAUGAAAGUUUCAAGGCAUUCCCAUUUUGGUUGAUGAAGUCAGCGUGUGCAUUUGUCGUAUCUGGUUAUAUUUUAUCACCGGUAUUGAAAACAUUAACUGAAACGAUUAGUACAGAUACUAUUUAUGCUACAGCUACAGUAAUGAUGUGUAUACAUUUAGUAUUCUUUGACUAUGGUGUAUCAGCAGUUAUAGUGUCAACAUCGCUAUCAUUGAAUGCAGCUUUAUUUGGUUCUAUUUGUUUGUGUUCAAGAUUACAAACAGCAUUUCAUGUAUUUGUGUUUAUUACAAUAGCAGUGCAGUGUUUUGCAGUAUCACCAAUACUUUUAUCUUCGAUUAAAUCUUCCUUUACUGUAUUAUUGUCAUUUAUAACCAUUACCUUUAUACUAUGUACUAGAGUUUCAUCAUUAUUAAGUGGACUAUUUGUCUGUACUAUUGUGUUCAUUAAUUUGGUAUGCCCAUAUUAUUUUGUUAAAUGGCAUUCAUUCAAAGACAAUAUUUACGGACCAUGGGAUGAAGCUAUAGUGCAAGAUAUUAAAAUAAAGAACUUUCAUAUUGACUGAAAAGUUAUGAGGGUACCCUACUAAAAAAUGUAUAUAAAUGAUAACCAGUAAUUUUUAUUUCAAUUUUCUUCAAAGUUACCAUUUUCGUAUAAUACAGAGGUUAAUAAUAUCAAUCAAUGUUGAAAUAACACACAAAUAAAAAAAAGUCAUUAUUAUUGAGUUACAUUAGCAACACAUUAAUCUUAAAUUGUUUAUUUAAUGAAUUUCUGUAUACUAUAAGAGACAUAUAAGGGAUGUAUAAAGGACUGUUGAUCAUAAGUUUGUGACAUCCAGGAAAAAUAUGAAUAAAAAUACAAAUUAUGUUAUAUAUAUAAACCUUUUAUUAUAUUUUCUUUGUCAAUAUUUUUAUUGUAACUGCAUUUUGAAGUAUGAAAUAAAAUGAAAUAUAAUAUUUAAAAUGCUUCUAUGAUCUGCUAUAAAAACCUCCACGGUCUAGAUUUAGGUUGUAAUCUGAAGUUGGGAACCACUGAUAUAGCAUAUUAAGUUUAAAUAAUUUGUAUUCAAUAAUAAAUAAUAAUUGUAACACAUCUUUAUAAAAAACGUUAUUUUUCAUUAUAUUCAAACAAGUGUAAAACCAAAGACAUA